UCGCAAAACGCGAUUCGGGAAUGCAUUUUAAACAACUUUUUCUUUUCUAAAGAAUAAAAAAAAAAAUACAACACUCAAGGCGCAGAAGCGUCGAAGCGUUUCUUCAUAGAUCCCUGAAACCGUGUAGUUAUGAUUCGAUAAUCGUUUUAUUAUUAUUGUUAUUAUUAUUUUCUAUUCAUUUAGAGAUCUGUGUUUAUUAUAAAAGUUAAAAUUAAUUCCGGUAAACGUUAACAUGUCGCUGUCGUAGGUAGUUUCGCACGUGAACCGUUCUUCGAUAAACAAGCAACGUUUAAACGAUGAAGUAUUACAAAAUCGAGAUAAACAAAACUGAAUGGGAAGUACCUGAACGGUACCAAAUGCUCACUCCCGUCGGUCUUGGUGCUUAUGGGCAAGUUUGCUCUGCUGUCGACAAUCAGACUGGUCUCAAAGUCGCUAUCAAGAAACUUGCCAGACCAUUUCAGUCAGCUGUCCAUGCUAAACGCACAUAUCGAGAACUUCGCAUGUUAAAACAUAUGAACCAUGAAAAUGUAAUUGGAUUGUUAGAUGUAUUUACACCUACCAAUACUAUAAAUAAUUUCAAUCAAUUGUAUAUGGUUACACAUUUAAUGGGAGCUGACUUGAACAACAUCAUACGUACUCAAAAAUUAUCUGAUGAUCAUGUUCAAUUUUUGGUUUAUCAAAUUUUACGAGGUUUAAAGUACAUUCAUUCAGCAGGAAUUAUUCAUAGAGAUUUGAAACCGUCAAAUAUUGGAGUAAAUGAAGAUUGUGAACUUAAAAUAUUAGACUUUGGAUUGGCCAGACCAACUGAAAGUGAAAUGACUGGAUAUGUAGCUACUCGGUGGUACAGAGCACCUGAAAUAAUGUUAAACUGGAUGCAUUAUAACCAAACAGUUGAUAUUUGGUCAGUUGGUUGCAUCAUGGCAGAACUUUUGACUGGAAGAACAUUAUUUCCAGGCACAGAUCAUGUGGAUCAUUUAACACGUGUAUUAGUUUUAUGUGGAACACCAUCCAUAGAAUAUUUAAAUAAAAUUAAAAGCUCGGAGGCAAAAAAGUAUAUACAAUCACUACCAGUAAUGCCAAAAAAAGAUUUUGGUGGAGUUUUUAAAGGAGCUAACCCACUAGCAAUUAAAUUAUUAGAAGAGAUGUUGGAACUAGAUGCUGACAAGAGAAUGACUGCUGAAAAAGCACUUGCACAUCCAUAUCUAGCACAAUAUGCCGAUCCAACUGAUGAACCUAAUUCACCUCCAUAUGAUCAAAGCUUUGAAGAUAUGGAAUUAACUGUAGAAAAAUGGAAAGAACUUGUUUGGGAAGAAGUUGUUAGUUAUGUUCCAUCUACAAAAUUAGAUUCGUCAUAGGUUAUUUAUGCCUUUUAUGCAUUGUGUGAUAUUGCUGCAAACUAUUGUGAAAAAAUGCUCAGAUUCAUUAACAUUUUAACUAAUAGGUUUUAUAAUUAUAUUUAAAGAUUAAUAUUUUGUUUAUUG